AUGGAUUCCUGCAGUUCCUCUGUUCGCGAUUCUUCUUCUCCUUUUGAUUGCCUCAUCUUCGAUUUGGACGACACUCUGUACCCUUCCAACACUGGAUUAGGUGAAGCUUGCAAGACGAACAUCGAUGAUUUUCUAGUUGAGAAAUGCGGGUUCCCGGAGAGCAAAGCCUCCAGUCUUCGAGUUGAGCUUUUCAAAAGCUACGGCAGCACCCUCGCCGGCUUACGUGCGUUAGGCUACGACAUCGACGCGGACGAUUACCACAGUGUCGUGCACGGAAGGUUGCCGUACGAUCGGAUCAAGCCCGAUCCUCAACUCCGAAACCUCCUCCGUAGCGUCGCACAGAGAAAAAUCAUAUUUACGAAUUCGGAUCGGAAGCACGCGGUGAAGGCGUUGGAUCGUCUGGGAGUGAGAGACUGCUUCGAGCAGAUCAUAUGCUUCGAGACGAUGAACCCGAACCUGCAGAGUUCGAUUCGGCCUGACGAGUUUCCGGUGGUCCUGAAGCCGUCAAUGGAGGCCAUGGAGAUCGCGCUCCGGGUCGCCGAGGUGGAUCCUCGUCGUACGCUGUUUCUGGAUGACAAUGUCCGUAACGUCGCUGCCGGGAAAGCCGUGGGUUUACACACCGUUUUGGUUGGAAAAACCGUGAAAAGCAAAGAAGCAGAUUACGUGUUAGAGAACGUGAACAACCUGGCACAAGCAGUUUCAGAAGUAUGGGUAGGCGGAAAAGAUGGUGGUAGUAACAAAAGGAUCAGCCGCACCAGAAGCGACAUUGAGGUCGAUUCCAUUCUCACAACCACAGCUGUUGGAGCUUGA